CAUGGCCCGCGAGCCGGAGGAAGAGGAGGCGGCGGAGGCGGCCGCCCUGGCCCGCGGGGGUCGGGGCUCGCUCGGCCGGGCUGGGGCGCGGCGGCCCCCCUUCUGGCUGCUCUGCCUGGCCGCGGGCUGGCUGCUGGGCGCCGGGGCCGACGCCGACUUCUCCAUCCUGGACGAGGCGCAAGUGCUGGCGAGCCAGAUGCGGAGGCUGGCGGCCGAGGAGCUGGGGGUCGUCACCAUGCAGCGGAUAUUCAGCUCCUUUGUUUACACUGAGAAAAUCUCAAAUGGAGAAAGUGAAGUACAGCAGCUAGCCAAAAAAAUCCGAGAGAAGUUCAACCGUUACUUGGAUGUGGUCAACCGGAACAAGCAAGUUGUAGAAGCAUCCUACACGGCUCACCUGACCUCUCCCCUAACUGCAAUUCAAGACUGCUGUACUAUCCCACCUUCUAUGAUGGAAUUUGAUGGGAACUUUAAUACCAAUGUAUCUAGAACAAUUAGUUGUGAUCGACUGUCUACUACUGUUAAUAGCCGGGCCUUCAAUCCAGGACGAGACUUAAAUUCAGUUCUUGCAGACAACCUGAAAUCCAACCCUGGAAUUAAGUGGCAGUAUUUCAGUUCAGAAGAAGGAAUUUUCACUGUUUUCCCAGCACACAAGUUCCGGUGUAAGGGCAGCUAUGAGCAUCGCAGUAGACCUAUCUACGUCUCCACUGUCCGGCCGCAGUCAAAGCACAUAGUAGUGAUCCUGGACCACGGGGCUUCCGUCACAGACACCCAGCUUCAGAUUGCCAAGGACGCUGCCCAGGUCAUCCUCAGCGCCAUCGAUGAACACGAUAAGAUCUCCAUGCUGACUGUGGCAGACACCGUCAGGACUUGCUCACUUGACCAGUGCUAUAAGACAUUCCUGUCUCCAGCCACCAGUGAGACCAAAAGGAAAAUGUCCACCUUCGUCAGUAGCGUCAAGUCUUUGGACAGCCCUACCCAGCACGCGGUGGGAUUUCAAAAGGCAUUUCAGCUGAUUCGAAGCACAAACAAUAGCACCAAGUUCCAAGCAAAUACAGACAUGGUCAUCAUUUACCUGUCGGCUGGCAUUACAUCAAAGGACUCUUCAGAAGAAGAUAAAAAGGCGACUCUCCGUGUCAUCAGUGAAGAAAAUAGCUUUCUAAACAACUCCGUAAUGAUUCUCACCUACGCCCUCAUGAACGAUGGGGUGACUGGUUUGAAAGAGCUGGCUUUUCUGAGAGAUCUUGCUGAACAGAACUCAGGGAAGUAUGGCGUGCUAGACCGGACAGCCUUGCCUGUGAUUAAGGGCAGCAUGAUGGUGCUGAACCAGCUGAGUAACCUGGAGACCACAGUUGGCAGGUUCUAUACCAACCUUCCCAACCGGAUGAUUGAUGAAGCUGUCUUUAGCCUCCCCUUCUCUGAUGAGAUGGGAGAUGGUUUGAUAAUGACUGUGAGUAAACCCUGUUAUUUUGGAAACCUCCUUCUGGGAAUUGUAGGAGUGGAUGUGAACUUGGCUUACAUCCUUGAAGAUGUGACAUAUUACCAAGAUUCUUUGGCUUCCUAUACUUUUCUCAUAGAUGACAAAGGGUAUACCCUUAUGCACCCAUCUCUUACCAGGCCAUAUUUACUAUCGGAACCCCCCCUUCAUACUGAUAUCAUCCAUUAUGAAAAUAUCCCCAAAUUUGAGUUGGUUCGGCAAAAUAUCCUAAGCCUCCCUCUGGGCAGCCAGAUUAUCGCAGUCCCUGUGAACUCAUCCCUGUCCUGGCACAUAAACAAGCUGAGAGAAACUGGAAAGGAAGCCUACAACGUUAGCUAUGCCUGGAAGAUGGUGCAAGACACUUCCUUCAUUCUCUGUAUUGUGGUGAUACAACCGGAAAUACCUGUCAAACAACUGAAGAACCUCAACACUGUCCCCAGCAGCAAGCUGCUGUACCACCGGCUGGACCUUCUGGGCCAGCCUAGUGCUUGCCUCCACUUCAAACAGCUGGCCACGCUAGAAAGUCCAACCGUCAUGCUGUCUGCUGGCAGCUUUUCCUCCCCCUAUGAGCACCUCAGCCAGCCGGAGACAAAGCGCAUGGUGGAGCACUACACAGCCUAUCUCAGCGACAACACCCGCCUCAUUGCUAACCCGGGGCUCAAAUUCUCUGUCAGAAAUGAAGUAAUGGCUACCAGCCACGUCACAGAUGAAUGGAUGACACAAAUGGAAAUGAGUAGCCUGAACACUUACAUUGUCCGCCGUUACAUAGCAACGCCCAAUGGCGUCCUCAGAAUUUAUCCUGGUUCCCUCAUGGACAAAGCAUUUGAUCCCACUAGGAGACAAUGGUAUCUCCACGCAGUAGCUAAUCCAGGUUUGAUUUCUUUGACUGGACCUUACUUAGACGUUGGAGGAGCUGGCUAUGUAGUGACCAUCAGUCAUACAAUUCAUUCAUCCAGUACACAGCUGUCUUCCGGGCAUACUGUGGCUGUGAUGGGCAUUGACUUCACGCUUCGAUACUUCUACAAGGUUCUGAUGGACUUAUUACCAGUUUGUAACCAAGAUGGUGGCAACAAAAUAAGGUGCUUCAUAAUGGAGGACAGGGGUUAUCUGGUGGCACAUCCAACCCUCAUUGACCCCAAAGGACACGCACCCGUGGAACAGCAGCACAUCACCCACAAGGAGCCCCUGGUAGCAAAUGACAUCCUGAACCACCCCAACUUUGUAAAGAAGAACCUGUGCAACAGCUUCAGUGACAGAACGGUCCAGAGGUUUUAUAAAUUCAACACGAGCCUAGUGGGGGAUUUGACGAACCUUGUGCACGGCAGUCACUGUUCUAAAUACAGACUGGCGAGGAUCCCGGGAACCAAUGCGUUUGUCGGCAUCGUCAACGAAACGUGUGACUCUCUUGCCUUCUGUGCUUGUAGCAUGGUGGACCGGCUCUGUCUCAACUGUCACCGAAUGGAACAAAAUGAAUGUGAAUGUCCUUGUGAGUGCCCUCUAGAGGUCAAUGAGUGCACUGGCAACCUCACCAAUGCAGAGAACAGAAACCCAAGCUGUGAAGUACACCAGGAGCCAGUGACGUACACGGCUAUUGACCCUGGCCUGCAGGAUGCUCUUCACCAGUGUGUCAACAGCAGGUGCAGUCAGAGGAUGGAGAGUGGGGACUGCUUUGGUGUGCUGGAUUGUGAAUGGUGCAUGGUAGACAGCGAUGGCAAGACCCACCUGGACAAAUCCUACUGUGCGCCCCAGAAAGAAUGCUUCGGGGGGAUCGUUGGAGCCAAAAGCCCCUAUGUUGAUGACAUGGGAGCAAUAGGUGAUGAGGUUGUCACAUUGAACAUGAUUAAAAGUGCCCCUGUGGGUCCAGUGGCUGGAGGCAUCAUGGGCUGCAUCAUGGUCUUGGUCCUGGCCGUGUAUGCGUACCGUCAUCAGAUUCAUCGCCGGAGUCAUCAGCAUAUGUCUCCUCUUGCUGCCCAAGAAAUGUCAGUGCGUAUGUCCAACCUGGAGAAUGACAGAGAUGAAAGGGAUGAUGACGGCCAUGAAGACAGAGGCAUCAUCAGCAAUACUCGAUUUAUAGCCGCGGUCAUCGAACGGCACGCACACAGUCCAGAAAGGAGGCGUCGCUACUGGGGUCGCUCGGGAACAGAAAGCGAUCAUGGUUACAGCACCAUGAGCCCACAGGAAGACAGCGAAAACCCUCCGUGCACCAACGACCCCUUGUCGGCUGGGGUGGACGUGGGAAACCACGAUGAAGACUUGGAGUUGGACACCCCACCUCAGACUGCUGCCCUCCUAAGUCACAAGUUCCACCACUACCGCCUUCACCACCCCACACUGCAUCACAGCCACCACCUGCAGGCGGCCGUGACCGUACACACUGUCGACGCGGAAUGCUAACCUCCUCACCUCCAUCAGAAGAUGAGAUCUGGGAGAUAUGGAAUGUUCUGGAGGGAGAAAGAGCCAGCCUCAAAUCCACUUGUGUCUGUGCUUUGUCUAGAGUCGUUUAACUCGUUUUCCUGCCUGUUAACAUAUUUCAAAACAAGAGAAACAACGACAAAAUCACAUUUGUGAAGAUGCGAGGCUGGUGGUGAAAUGGAGGGGAAGUAAGUCUGAUUAAUGAACCUGCCAUAAUACCAACGGAAUGAACAGAAGCAAACCUCUAAACAGAGAUGGAACCUACAAAUGAAACAUUGGGAGCCUUGGUUAAGCUGAGCCAGGGGAAUGUUCCGAGGAGCCCGAAACAUUCGGCUCUCCUUAACUGGAAGAGAGAAAAAUAUGUUCUAGCGGAGACUGGGAACGUGGCACAUGCAGAGAGAAAUGUGUGCUUUGAAGAUUGCACCUGGUUUCUUAGCGGUACCUAGAUACCACAGUUGCUGUAUGGAACUCGUGUUAAGCUCUAAAUGAUGCAUCUCAAAAUUUCUAAGUAAAGGAUUAUUUUUCUACUAUUUAUUGAACUUUCAAACAUUCUCAAACUUUGGGGGAAAGAAAAGGAAACACAUAAGAAAUUUUCACCAAUUAUCCCUAGCUGUUUUGUGUAUAAUGAAGUGGUUCUUUGAUUAAGGAGUUCUAGAUCUUAUUUAACUGAUACCAUCCCACUGCCUCACUCCACAAAAAUGGGGAAAUGAAGAAAUCUUCUCUCUGACUUGUUUACAUACAUUUUCUUUAGAACAUCAUUUCAUGGAAAUAGAUCUUGAUUUGCAAUGCAGUAUUCUUUUCUGUGUUUGACAGAGGUGGUGACAGAGGUGGUGUGGGGGCAGAGGAAUCCAGGAAGCUUUUAAAGAAAUGUUAUGUUUCUUUUUAACUAAUUUCCAUUUCCCAUACAAUGCUUUCCUUAGGUUUCUACGAAACCUAAUAUUACACCCCCAGCCUUUCAGCUAAAGGAGGGUUGGAUUUAUU